UUAGUUUACGGAUGGGUUAUUUUUAUUAGAACUGUUUUUAUAAAUCACUUUGUUUAAUCAUACUCCUAUCUGUUCUUAAAAAUGUUAGUGUUAUUAUAUCCCUUAUUUGUGUGAUCGAUAGUAAUAGUGAAGGAAGUGCAACAGGCGAAAAAGCUCCUAGUGUAAACAGAGGAGUAAAUUAUUGUGAACACAAAAUGCCUACGGAUUCAGAAUGCGAUUCUGACUUGGUGUCGAAAGAGUGGCUUUUGGCCAAGUUGCGUUCGGAUGAGAGGGAUAUGAUUCUUAUAGAUUGUCGAGGGUCCAAUGAGUAUUCAGUUUCCCAUAUACGAUCCGCCGUCAACUUUUCGAUUCCGAGUAUCAUGUUGCGGAGAUUGGCCGCAGGGAAGAUUGAGUUGGCUUCAACGGUGCAGUGUAAGGAGCUUAAAGCGCGGAUAACGCAUUGUUGCUCUCGGGGCAUGUUCGUGCUGUACAGCGACGGAGCCCCUCGAGAGCCUGACUCUGUGCACGGCAUCCUGCUGAAGCGCCUCAAGCAAGAUGGCGUACAGGUCGUCUGCCUUGAAGGAGACUUCGCAGAGUUCCGCCGCGCGUUCCCCGAGUGGUGCAGCGAAGCCAGUGCGCAGCAUGUGCCUCAUCUGCCGCUCAUGGGACUACGGUCCCUCCGUAUAUCGGGGUCCGGCUGCGACGACGCGCUGUCGUCGGGCUCGUCGUCGGAGUGCGAGGACGCGCACGCGCACGCGCAGCAGGAGUUCCCCAUCGAGAUCCUGCCCAACCUCUACCUCGGCAACUCCACCAACAGCGAGGACUGCGAGGCGCUUGCCAGGCACAAUAUCAAGUAUGUGCUGAACGUGACGCCGGAUUUGCCCAACACAUUCGAGGCGGAAGGUUGCGGCAUCAACUAUCUGAAGAUCCCUAUUGCUGACCACUGGAGUCAAAAUCUCGCUGUACAUUUUCCACAGGCCAUUCGUUUUAUCGAGGAGGCGAUGGCGGCGCGCUGCGGCGUGCUGGUGCACUGCGUGGCGGGCGUGUCGCGCUCGGUGACGGUGACGCUGGCCUACCUCAUGCAGCGCCACCGCCUCAGCCUGCGCGACGCCUUCGAGCUGGUGCGCAGCCGCAAGACCGACAUCGCGCCCAACUUCCACUUCAUGCGCCAGCUGCACUCCUUCGAGCGCGACCUCGGCCUGCACGAGCGCAGCGCCAGCCUGCCCAAGGUGCUGGAGGCGCUGGGCGUGCGCGGCGCGGGCGCGGCGCCGGCGUGCGGCUGCGCGGCGCGCGCCUGCGCGCUGUGCGGCGUGUCGCCCGACUCCGGCAUCGAGUUCGACCGCUGGAGCGCCGCGCGAGACACGCCGCAAUGACAGUUCUUUUCGCCCGCCGCCUCGCGCGCCCCGCGCUGAGCGCGCCCGCCCCGCCCGCACCGCGCGCCCACCGCGGAUUCCGAUGUAUGUACAAAAGUCGAAGGUGUGUUAGUACAAAAUACGCGUGAUAUUCCGUAGAAUAU